CAAAUCAUGAUCUUUCCGUUAUGAAAUGUAUGAAUGAACACGGAAAUUUAUUGGCGAAAAUAAAAGCAAAUGAAGUCUAGGAUGACUACAAAAUAAGAUUUAUUUUCAAUUCGCGUUCCCCCUAUUUAUGCUUCACCUAUCACCCUUAACUAACAAUCCCUUACAUUUGGAAAACAAAAACUUAUACCCCUUUUUUUGGUUUAUAGGAUGGCAGAAGAGAAGUUAGAGCUUCACUUUAUUAUAUUGAGUCAGGAUGCAGGAGGUAUCAUUGGAAAAGAAGGAAGAAACAUUAGACAGAUGAGAGAUGAGAGCGGUGCUAACAUAAAUGUUUCAGGAAGUACUGGCGUUGAAAGAAUUUUGAAUAUCAAAGGAACUUCUUCAGAAGUAAAGUCUGCAGUACGAAUGGUUGCUGAGAAAUUACAAGAAAUUUUAUCUGGUUCUAAUAAUGAAUAUGUUCCACCUGUUACAUUGCGUUUACUUGUUCCCAACAGCCAGUGUGGCCCAUUGAUUGGAAAAGGAGGCCAAAGAAUUAAAGAAAUUAGAGAGGCAUCAGGGGCAACAAUAACUAUACCCUCUGAAACACUUCCAGGUUCAUCUGAAAGGUCUGUAACAUUAGCAGGAUCACCAGAAGCUCUAGGGUUGUGCAUAGCUAAAAUAUGGGACAUUUUUGAAGAGUUUCCUGCUCGUCAAAACAAUGUCCAAUACUUCCCUAAUAUGUAUCCUCGUUCCAUGGGUCCUCAUCAACUUUCUGUUAUGAGUGGGCAGCUUUCUUUUACAGGACUUUCAAGAAGAAGUGAACAAAAAGUCCGUUUGCCAAGCAACGUGAUUGGAUCGUUGAUUGGAAAAGGCGGAUGUCAUAUAAAUGAAAUUAGACAAUUUUCUGGUGCAACAGUGCAUGUAGAAGAAUCAAAGAAAGAUAACAGAAUGUCUGAUGUAAUUAUUGCAGGUACACCAGAAGCUGUUAGUUGUGCGACAUUUCUUAUUAAUGCCAGAAUAUCUGCUGGGCGUCAGGCAAGUCGAAAUCGUCGAGAAGCCACACGUGAUAGUCGCAAUACUAGAGGUAGCGAUAGUGCAGAAGACGGAAAUCGUCGUGCAAGAGGACCUCCUCAAAGUCGUGAAAAUGAUUACGAUUCUGAUGACAGGGAUUAAAGAAACUUUUUAUAUUUAUUUGGCACUUGGCCGUUUCCGUUGUCAAUUGACUGCGCACUAAACUGUCGUUAACAGUGACUUCAAUUAUUUAUUUAACCUUCUUUUUAAAAAGAAUUUUUUUUUUUCAAAAAAAAAACACCAAUAAGCUUACAAUAAAAUAUUUUCUGUAUUUAUGAAUGUAUAAAUUAUUAAGAAUUUAUUUCAGAACGUUUCUACUUAAACUUGCCUUAAACUAAGUAUUUAGAUAAAUGUUGCUUAAAAUGAAGUUUUUUUUUUAUUUUUAUGUAUUUAAUUUUGAUAAAUGUAGUAAACUAAAUUCUGAUUGCUUUAUGUCAUACCAUUUUGAUUUUAUCCAUGUAUCAUUUUGUAGCCGUAUUAACGUCCCUCCGUUAAGUUAACGGAGCCCAACAGACAAAAGAAAUGAAAUUAAAAACAAGAUUUAAAAAUAUAAAUGUGAAUUAUGCUUUUUUUUA